AUGGCGGCCCUCUGUAGAGGCAGACACCGGUGGAAAAGGACUAAUUGUUUUAGUGUUCUUUCAAGAAACCUGACAGGGAAGUAUGACUAUGACCUGGUGGUCAUCGGUGGUGGAUCAGGAGGCCUUGCCUGUUCCAAAGAAGCCGCACAGUUGGGACAGAAAGUUGCCGUUUUAGAUUAUGUGGAGCCAUCUGCGAAAGGCACCAAGUGGGGUCUUGGUGGUACGUGUGUCAAUGUUGGCUGCAUUCCGAAGAAGCUCAUGCAUCAGGCUGCUCUACUUGGCACUGCAGUUAAAGAUGCUAAGAAGUACGGCUGGCAGAUCUCAGGAACAGUCUGCCAUGACUGGCCCACCAUGGCAGAGGCUGUUCAGAACCACGUCAGGUCUCUGAACUGGGGUCACAGAGUUCAGCUCCAGGACAAGAAGGUGAAAUAUCUGAACAUCAAAGGAAGUCUGUUGGAUGAACACACUGUUAAAGGGCUAACUAAAGCAGGGAAAGAGACGAUCCUGACUGCCAAGAACAUUGUGAUCGCCACAGGUGGACGACCCAAGUACCCUACACACAUCCCUGGAGCGAUGGAGCAUGGCAUCACUAGCGACGACAUAUUCUGGUUAAAAAAGUCUCCUGGAAAAACACUUGUGGUUGGAGCUAGCUAUGUGGCUCUGGAGUGUGCAGGCUUCCUCACAGGCAUUGGCUUGGACACCACAGUGAUGGUCCGCAGCAUCGCCCUCCGGGGUUUUGACCAGCAAAUGGCCGGUCUCGUGACAGACUACAUGGAAGCCUAUGGGACCAGGUUUGCAUGGAAGUGUGUCCCAACGAGAGUGGACAAGCUCUCCUCAGGAGCCCUGCAAGUGACCUGGACCAACACCCAGACAGGCGACGAACACAAGGACACGUACGACUCUUUGUUGUGGGCAGUUGGUAGAGCUCCUGAAACCAAAGCCCUGGGCCUCAAUGAGCUUGGCGUGCAACUCAACAAGGAGACUGGGAAAAUAGUUGUAGGCGCGGACGAAUCUACCUCGGUGCCAAACAUUUAUGCUUUCGGUGACAUCAGCGAGGGUCGUCCUGAAUUGACCCCAACAGCCAUCAAAGCUGGAAAGCUCCUCGCCCGCAGACUGGCUGGUCAGAGCACUGAACUCAUGGACUAUGACAGCGUGCCCACCACAGUGUUCACUCCUCUCGAGUACGGCUGUGUAGGUCUGUCUGAGGAGGAGGCUGAGAAGAGGCACGGAAAAGACAGCAUAGAGAUCUACCAUGCUUUCUACAAGCCACUAGAAUUCACCGUCGCAGAGCGUGAUGCCAGCCAGUGUUACAUAAAGGUGAUAUGUGAGCGGGGUGGCAAUCAGAAGAUCCUGGGUCUGCACUUUACCGGUCCAAAUGCUGGAGAAGUCACACAGGGCUUUGCUAUGGGCUUCCAGUGCGGAGCGACAUAUUCUCACCUACUGCAGACAGUAGGAAUCCACCCAACCUGUGCCGAGGAGGUGGUCAAGGUCAGCAUCACAAAGCGCUCUGGCUUGGACGCCACAGUCACCGGCUGCUGAGGUUAAGCUCCUCGGUCUCUGAACACACAGUGAGCACACAGGGUCCCUGGGUGACGGCAGAAAGAAUUUAGUCUGGGGUUAACCUGCUUUUUCUCCUCGUUCCUCUCCACUUAUAUGGCCCUGGGCUGGAUUUUUUUGCUCUCCUGCUGCGUGAAAAGGUCUCAUCAUAGACCGGUGAUGCAGGUCAUCACAGGCUGCCCAGGUUAAUGUCACUGACAUGUCGUGCGUUAACCAAAACCGCUGUUGUUCCAUGUACGUACAUGUAGUGCGUAUGUUCAUAAUGCACAGAGCUACGGAUCAGGUUAGUUAGAGCCCAGCCACAGAGUGAGCGUCUUUUAAAUAAACAGGAUCAUCAAUCAGGAUUAGGGCCUGUGCUCGGGGUUUUGUUGAAACCGUAAGUGAAACGUAGACCGAGCCCGAACGUUCUUCUGAAUAUAUAUUCUGCAAAUAUUGUUGUUUCUCUGGCUGUACUUCCUGUCCAUUAGUCUUGGAGGUGACACAUACCAUACACCCUCCCACCAUGACACUGAUGGAUGGCCCCGGGGCCGUCGCCGCAGCGACACCGCUCCAUUUCCCAUGGACACACGCAAAUAGUCGGCGGGGCGCCUGUCAGUCAGCCAGCAGAGAGCCACUGAGCUCCAGCUUGUUCUGGGCCCAGCAGACCCCUUUCCUUUUCCUCCCAUACCCCUUUACCUCAACAUGCAUGGAAAGAAUACAGCUCAGCUACUAAUACGUGCUGUCAAAAGCUGUGUGGAUGCCACAUCCCAGACACAUAGAACUCAAUCUAUCGAUAAGACCGCUGCUAAAGCUCUGUUACAGCUGUGCUACUCAACCUCACCCAAAGGUGGCACUAUUGCCCUCCAGUUCUCGUCUGUUUUGGGAGCCAAGAAUGGAAGACAGGAUAAAGUAGUCACUGGAUAAAACAUAAGCCUGAAUACAUUCAGGUUGCACAUUUAAUCCUUUUAAUCCCUAUAAAAGAUAUGUGCUUUUGGAUGAAGCUGGAGAGCAGGCCUGCUUUAUGGGUGCCAGACUGAUAAGGGUUAUCUGUUGUGUGUUUACAUGGAUGGCAGGGUAGCCCUCAACAGUCAUCACCCUUGAAGAUAAGGCCAGUUAUUUAUAUCAAUAAAGCAGUAAUGGACCCCCACAGUAUGCCAAAGUGCUCAAAUGUUCAACCUGCUGCCUGUAUUGGACAUCUUGGGUUUAUUAAGUAGAUGAGGAGGGAGGAGGAGGGCUGUCAAUAAAGAGGCUUGCUGCAGAAAUCGAGGGACCGGAGAGGAGGCUGCUGGGUGUAGUUUAUUUUUAUUUGAAGUCUAAUCUGCCCAGUCUGAUUAAUGAUUCUGAUGAGGGGAGUGACAGCGUGCCAGGAGAUGGUAAGAGGAAAAAGAGAGAGAGAGAGCUACCAGGUUUAUUUGGACCCAAGUUGGAGGAGAGAGAGCCGAGUUCCAGCCCCGGUUAGGGAGGGAAGGGGGAUUCCUGUGUGCUCUGUUCAGGGCCGAGGUGCUGACUGAAGGACCCUGACCUCCGCUCAGCAGGAACAGCUUGACUCUAUCACUCGGAGCACAGAGGGCUCACAUGCUGCAGCGCUGCACGGCAGGGGCCUUGGGGGGGCUCUGGGUAGAGAGGGGCUGGUGGGGGUGGUGGUGGGGGUGGGACGGGCCAGGAGACGGACAGAACCAUCCAACCAGCCAACCAACACAACAGCGAGUGGUGCCCGGGGUAAUUGAGUCUGUGUUCCUGUGCUUAACAAGCCACUUCAGAGACCCCAGGGUGGGCCCAAGGCAGCGUGAGGGAAGUCAUUGAGGCCAUCAGUGUAACUGUAAUGUCUGUUUGCUUUUUACCCUCCGCUUCCCUUCUGCUUUAUCUCACGUUGCUCUCUUAUUUUAUACACAGUGCAGCUGCUCGCAUGCACCAAAUCAAAUCAGUCAGUAUUACAUUUUUUUAGGAAAUGUCUGUCAAACUUGAAUGAUUUUUGUUCACUGUUGAUUCAUCACCAACAUUUCAGUUCACCUCAGCUGUGCUCCACGGGGGUCAGGGUUCAACUUUCAGGUCGGCCAGCUAAUGAUGACCUGCACUCAAACCCAGAACUGGGGAGUGCAGGCCUGAUGUCACCUGGUCGUAAACUUUAGGAGUUGUAAAUAGAGAAGUGUAAUUUUCCAUUAAAGCUUUGUUAUGCAUAAUUUAUAUGUAAAGUAAUGACACGUGUCACCAUUAAAGUAAUGAUGUCCAACUGA